ACAGAGCCCGGGGUGUCAGGCCUGAAGGAGCGCCCCGUGGAGGAGGUGACCGCUAGACUGGCCCAACAAGACCAGGAGGAACAGGAAGUCCUCACAUCUGUAUCAGCCAGUCUGGACGACUCCCUGGCCAGCUCUGCUAAAGCUACCCUGCAGGCUAUUGGAGCUCAGGAGGCCGCGCUGCAGGCCAUCGCUCAGCACACACUCAGACUGAAGGAGGCCAUGGAGGCAGAGGUUCCUCCCGAGGAGAAGUCCGCCCAGUGGAAGGAUCUGGAAGCUUCUCUAGCUGAGAGGACCAGCGCUGUGACUGCUGCUGACACGGCCUUGUCCAAUGCCAAUGAAGCCCUGCACAGUCUGAAGGCGGUGAUUGAAGCUCUAAGGGCUGAAGGUGGUGCUGUGCGCCCCCUGGUUUCUGCAGCAGAGGAGAAUCUCCACAACAUGGUGGUGGACUUGGACAAAGUGGUAACUAAGGUAAGGACAUUAUUUCCAGAAGCUAAGAUUGUCUCCCAGUACAGUGAGCUGGUUAAUGAAGCCAAACUACAGUUCCAGAGGGAUGGUGACCAGCCUCACUCCAGAGAUCCAGGCCAAUGGAAGGGGCUCACUGGUAAGCUGUCGGAGGAUGACCUGAACGCGCUGAUCGCCCACGCUCACCCGGCGCAUCGACCAGCUGACCGAGAGCUGGCGGAGCAAAGGUCAGGGAGCCAGAUCCACAUCGACGCCUCGGAGCAGCAGAGGCUGGAGGACAGAAGGCCCUGGAGAAGGCCGUGAGCACCCGCCCUGCAGCACGUCAAGGAGGAGGCCCCGGAGCAGGAGAGGAAGCUGUCUGAAAUGAGGGAGGUGAUGGAGGCGGAGAUGAGGACUCAGCUGCGACGGCAGGCAGCGGCUCACACCGACCACGUCCAGGACGUCCUGAAGGUGCAGGAGACGGAGCUGAGGGCCGAUGCUGAGCAGGUGCUGAUCAGGAAGCUGCUGGAGCAGGAGACCAGCUACAGGCAGCUGAGCCAGGAGCAGCUGGACAACUUCACUCUGGAUAUGAACACAGCCUACGCCCGGCUGAAGGGAGUGGAGGAGGCCAUCGACAGCCACGUGCUGGCGGAGGAGGAGGCCCGUAAGGCGCACCACCUGUGGCUCUCUGUGGAGGCUCUGAACUUCACGCUGAAAACGGCAGAGGCGGACGUGCCCACGCAGCCUCUGGAGGGCGCCGCCCAGGUCGUGCGGGACAGCUGCCAUGAAAACGACUUCGCCCUGGCGCUGGCCUCGGCGCUGCCCGAGGAGUCGCUGCAGCGCGGCGUGUACAGCGAGGCGUCUCUGCGCGCUCGCUUCAAUGCGCUGAGCUCGCUGGCCCGCCGCGUUGCUCUAGUCGAUGAAACUCACAACUCCCUGUACCAGUACUUCCUGUCCUACUACCUCCAGGCUGCACUGCUGUUCGAGGAUAAACAGGAAGCCCCCCCCGCCCAGCUGAGCAGUGACGACCUGGAUCCAUUCAAGAUCCUGUCGUACGCCAGCUUCUGCUUAGAGCACGGAGACCUGGAGCUGGCCGCCAAGCUGGUGAACCAGCUGAGAGGAGAAGCCCGCCGCGUGGUGGAGGACUGGCUGACGGAGGCCCGGCUCACCCUGGAGACCCGGCAGGUGGUCAGCCUGCUGUCGGCCUACGCUAACGCUGUGGGGCUUGGGACCACCCAGGCCCCCUAGGCUGGCCCGCAAAGGAACAGCCACUGAGAAUGUGAGGAGAGCUGCAGGCUCACAGGGAGCAGGUGGAGGAAAACAGCCGAAGAGGCUAGAAGAGAUUUCCAGUGGGGUAUUCCUUUUGAGUUGGCGAAAGUUAACGAAGAGGUUCAUGUUCAGAUACAACUGAAGUUUAUUUGUUUCAAAGCACUAAGUCACUGUGGAGGAUCAUUUGUAAAAUAAAAUGAAUGCACCUUCUCCUCCCGUCUGUCCAGGCCCACAGCCUUUGGUUCAGGUAUUUAUUUCUAACCAACCCCCCCCCCCCCAGCCUAAUACCCCCACUCAUUAAAGAAUAUGUAAUACUUGAUUUUAUGUUUGUCACAACUGCAUAUGUUUCAAUAAAUCAUGAAGAAUGGUA